AUGGAGGCGGCUCUCAAUGGAUUGGCCGGCUCUGUCAAACAUUCGGCCUCGAAGGAAGCGAUCAAUCAGGCGAAAGGUUCGCAAUUCCGUUAUCAAUUCCAAAUAGAUAAAAUGGUUCAGAAACAUUGAAAAGGUUCACCGAAAAGAAGGAUGUUCCGAUAGUUCAUGUCAGGGAAAAGUGUCUCGCCGCUUUCGAACUCGCUUUCGACCACGGAUCCGAGAAGCACUUCCAUCAUGCGGUGGACGGUGUGCAGGUACUUACAUAGACUCUUCAGUUCACAGUAUUUACAGUAACCCUUCAGGUACUUCUUCGCGAUCAAACGUAUCACGACACAAUCACGGAGGAGACGCAGAACAGCCUGCCGUCCCAGGUUUUACACUCGAUGACCGGCAUUGAUGAGUGGAAGAGUCAACUGCAAUGCAAAUGUGUGACGGUAAGGGAGUGAUGUGGCAAAGAGUUUUCGCUCUCUUUCAGUUGCUGGUAGAGAUGGUGUGCAGCAACGAACUGAAAGUGUCCUUGAGCGACGUGGAACAGUGUGUUCAGGUGAGUCCGAUUGAAAAUUGAAUUGAUUCUACCCUUUAUAUUGUAUGCACAGAUUUACAAACGAUUGUACGGGAAGAGCGAGGAGGAGCGGGUGAGAGUCGCGUGCCGAGCAGCCACCACGCAGUCCCUCUCCGCCUACUUCUCCAACCGAUACUCCGCCUGCGAAGCGCCUCAGGAUGCGAUCGCAGUCUACAUGGACGUCGGAAAACUUCUGGAGGAACUGUGCGUCGAAGUGGAGCAGAUGAGCAGCUCCCACGAGCAGUGUCUGAUCUCUCUGGAUGCAAUCUGCGCCCUGCUGACCACUUCCAACUUGAGAAUUCUUUCCCAUCAGCCAUUUGUCAACUUGUUGUGGUGAGUUCGAAGAUGGUAGAACAAGAAGAAGAAGAAGAAGGAGGGAAUUGCAGGGAGAAAGUGUGUCCGCUGAUCAUUUUAUUGUUGGGAAUUCCUCAAAAAGGAAUGAGCAGCUCAUCGACCAAAGCACCAGAGAACGAGGAGCCCGUGGGCGAGGGACAGAUCGACUUUGCAUUGGCUCCGGCGGUUAUCACGAAUCCACACACUUGGAGGGCACUUUAUCAGUGAGUUUCAGUAGGUACGAACGUCUACCGACUAUGUAAUUCCAGAAUCGUCGACCAGCUGAUCCGGCUCAUGAUCUCCGACCCUUCUCUGGCUUCUUCUCUCGAAGCGCUCUUCCACAAAGCCUUUCUCUUUCCUCGUUUGGAUCAACGUUCCGAAGCUCUCAAACUCAUCAGAAAGAUCCUCGGAGAUGGCUCAAAACUGAGCAAGAUCGCAAGAAGUUGCGUGACGACAAAGUCCCUUUCUUUGUGGAGAAUGCUGAUGACGUGCAUCGCCGAAUGCACGAAUCCUCAACUCGAAUUGAGCAUUGACGCCGUCAAAACGAUCGUGGCCAUGCUGGACGGAAUGAAGCAACUGGCGACUCAUCGUUUUUUCACCGAUGAAGAAAAGAAAAUGAUCUCGGAGUUGUUCAGUUGCGCGGAAGAUACAAUUGUUAACAGUUUCUCAUUGAAAUGCUCCGACCGGACAUCUGAAAUCUCGACGGUUAACGAAGAGACUGAAAAUGUGUUCAAUGGUACAUCGACGGAUGAUCCGAUGUCUGCAAAGCUUCGAAAGUUGGAGCAAAAGUUCAGAGUUGCUCCGAUAAUGACUAGAAGAUCCAGUGAGCUGGAUGAAAGUGUAAGUGAAUUGGUGAGCACAAUGAAUUGAAACACUUUCAGAGCGAACGGAACACUGCCAAACGGUUUGUGCAGUCGUUCACCGAGGGUUUCGACAUGAUCGCCGCUCCCAAGAACACUUUGUCCGUCGACGAAGCCAUUUUGCAAUUCGCUUCGGAUUUCUACGCAAGUCAGUGUUGUUCCAGAGUUCAACGACAUUCUCGAAUCCUUCAGAUUUCUGCUCUGUCCACGCGGACGCCUACAAAUCUCGCUCGAAGAUUCAGCAAGAAUUCCUGAACACUGACGCAAUUUACCUGACGACGUACGCCUCGCUGUGCUACAUUUCGCGUCCGGACACGUUCACUUUGGAAGAUCUCAAGAAGUGCGUGCUCACAUCGGGAUGCGUGAUUCACGUGGCAAUCGGAUGGCUGGAAAAAGUGUAUGAAAACUUGAAAAUGGCGGAUUUCUCGCCGAAUCAACUGACGCCAACGCUCAAGAAUGUGAUAAAUGAUUUUGAUGGACAGAAGAAAGGAUUACUGUCGGAUGUGGAAAAGUUGAAGAGAAUCCAGAUGAGACAGGAAGAGCUGGACGCGACUGAAGGUAAGGGCGACUGUGAAGGGCUUAUGUAGCAAGGAUGAUUGUGCAGAGAGACACGUGGCACGAUGGAUGACAAGCUCCGCGUGGCAGAUGAUCAUCGAUGUGCUCUCGACGUUCCUCUCCGUGAAAGGGAAGGGCAAGACGAGGGAGAAAAUUCGAGAAGCGAUUUCUGUUUCGAUAUGCGGAAUGCGAAAUUUGUGUGCUGUUGCACAAGUGUUAGGUAAGGCAGAGCUCCCGAGAUUACGGUUGGUUACCAUCUUUUGUGUUCAGGAUUGGAGUCCCGAUGCGGGUGGAUCUUCGAGCAACUCGUGGAGACUUCCUGCUGCCUGGAAGAUCUCCGGGACGACGCGAUCGCAGCGGAUAGUGAGCAGAAGUCGACGUGUACCUCCAGAGAACAUCUUCUGGCGAUGCAGUUGGUGCUCGACGAGGCCAGAAUUGCCAUUCACGCGUCCGCCUGCUGGAAGCACAUCGUUAGAUGCUCCGAGUACGUCUGGGAGCUCGAGAAGUACAUCUACGGAGCUCUUUGCUACGAGAAACCAUCAAGGUUGAAGUUUUUGAGACGGAAAACUGAGGAGAAAGAGGAAGAUAAAGAAGAGGUAUUUAUUUUUAAAACUUUCUGA